CGGCUUCACAACUUCCCAGCCCGGAGAGGCGGGCUCCUGGGGCGCGGCACCUGGCAGGGUUUGGGUGACGCGAGCGGCAGUCUUCGUGCGGGCGUCCAGGUGAGCGGACCGGAGGAGCGGCUCGGAGAAUUAUAAAGCUGUGUGCAGAGACUUGGAAAAUGGCAACAAAUGAAAGUGUCAGCAUCUUUAAUUCAGCAUACUUGGCUGUGGAGUAUGUGGAUUCACUUUUACCUGAGAAUCCUCUGCAAGAAUCAUUUAAGAAUGCUUGGACGUAUAUGUUGGACAAUUAUACAAAGUUCCAGAUUGCAACAUGGGGAUCCCUAAUAGUUCACGAGACAAUUUAUUUCUUGUUCUGUUUACCUGGGUUUUUGUUUCAAUUUAUACCUUACAUGAAAAAGUACAAAAUUCAAAAGGAUAAACCAGAAACAUGGGAAAACCAAUGGAAAUGCUUUAAAGUACUUCUCUUUAAUCACUUUUGUAUCCAGCUUCCUUUGAUUUGUGGAACUUAUUAUUUUACAGAAUAUUUCAAUAUUCCUUAUGGAUGGGAAACAAUGCCAAGAUGGUAUAUGCUUCUGGCAAGAUGCUUUGGUUGUGCAGUGAUUGAGGAUACCUGGCACUAUUUCCUACAUAGGCUCUUACACCACAAGAAAAUAUAUAAAUAUAUUCAUAAAGUUCAUCAUGAGUUUCAGGCUCCAUUUGGAAUGGAAGCUGAAUAUGCACAUCCUCUGGAAACCCUAAUUCUUGGAACUGGGUUUUUCAUUGGAAUCAUGCUUUUAUGUGACCACGUAGUUCUUCUUUGGGCGUGGGUGACCAUUCGUUUGCUAGAAACUAUUGAUGUCCACAGUGGUUAUGAUAUUCCUCUCAACCCUUUGAACUUCAUCCCUUUCUAUGCUGGUUCUCGGCAUCAUGACUUUCACCACAUGAACUUCAUUGGAAACUAUGCUUCAACGUUUACGUGGUGGGAUCGAAUUUUUGGAACAGACUCUCAGUUUAUUGCCUACACUAAAAAGAUGAAGAAGAGUGAGAAAAAGACUGAAUAAAUAUGUAGGCCAUCCUGAAGAUACACAUUUUCCCGAAUUAUAACUAGUAGCUAAUAUUGCUUCUAGGGAGCAGAAAUAAACCUGUUAUGGCUGCUGAGUGAUUAAAAAAAAUUAACAACUUUUAUCUUCCUAGUGGGAACUAUGUCUGCUUUCCAUUCGAGUUCUCUAUGUGUAGGAAUAAGUAGGGAAGUUUAAUUUUUUUUUUCUUUAUUGAUUUUAGGGACAGGGAGAAACAUUGAUGAGAGAGAAUAUUGAUCAGCUGCCUCCUGCAUGCCCCCACUGGGGAUUUGGCCCACAACCUGGGCAUGUACCUUGCCCGGGAAUCGAACUGGUGACGUUCAACCACUGAGCCACACCAGCCUGGCAAGUAGGGAAGUUUUAAAGGCCAUAUUAAUAACCCUUUUAAGUAACAGAAGAAGUAUUAAUCUGUGUCUUUGCCCCCAGUAACACCAUAGACCUAAAGUAGAAAUUGCUCUUUAAAGCUUUUAAAUAUAUAGUGACCACUUCAAAAACUGUUAAUAGUGGAUGUUGGCCUCAUAUUGAACUUUAGACAUUUUUUAGAGUUUCUUUAAAAUACCGUGGGUUGAAUGACAUCAAUUGAUGUGUGAAUGAAGCUGCAAAACCAGGACUUGCCAGCAUCAAGAAUUUUCUGUCUUAUCUGAGCUCCAGUUUGGGGUGAUUUUCUUUGAGUAGUCCUUUUGGAUUCCGAUGUACUGCUGGCAUCUGUACAUUAGUGUUUCUGAAUUGAUGUAAGUGGAAUAUUUUAGUCUAAAGAUCUUCACGUUUCUUGAAUUUUUUAAAGAAAGCUUUAUUUCUGCUAUUUACCCUUUAAUUUUGGAAAAUCAGGUUUUUAUUAUACUUAAAGAUGUAUCUUGAAACUAUGUGAACUGACUUGUAUUUGCACUUUGAGCUAUUAAAAUAAAUGUGGGUUUUUUUGUCUGAUUACUUGGUUUCCAGUUUUGAACAUCUUAUUUUAUUCUUAUAAGGAAAA